GUGGACUUUUGUCCUCCUCUUCUACCUGUCCGGUGAGUCCACACCUUCAGUCGGAGGGACGAUGUCCAACCUGCCGGAUGUUCCUGCUCUCCAUAAACUGGAAACAACCGGGAAGCGGCAGGAAAACAAAAUGAAUCAAGUUCCCGGAAUGUAGUUUCGUUUGGAGGUUUUUGUUUCCUCAGAGUUUGAAGAGAGUAACUGAAGAGAAAUGUCUCACAAGAGGAAGAUGUUUGCCUUCCUGCGCUCAGGCAGAGAACCUCCGCCUGAGAACAUCCACAUCUCCUGUCUGCCUCCCAGUGUUCCCACAGACCACGAGACAGAACAAACUGGAGGACAAGCUGGUGAUGUGGAGGGAGAGAACGCAGUGAUCCAGACGACACACACUCACAAAGUGUCCGCCCCUUCGGUCUUCCUCCAGAAACAGAACGAUGAACCUGUUUCUGGGACGUACUUUGAUCAGAGGGUCCCUGUUCCUGAGGACAACAGCGAGAGGUGCUUCAGUUUCAGUAAGCUGUGGGCCUUCACUGGGCCGGGGUUUCUGAUGAGCAUUGCCUACCUGGAUCCAGGUAACAUCGAGUCUGACCUGCAGUCUGGUGCUAAAGCUGGCUUCAAGCUCCUCUGGGUGCUCCUGUCUGCCACCAUCAUCGGCCUGCUGCUGCAGCGGCUGGCGGCACGGCUUGGCGUCGUCACCGGGAUGCACCUGGCCGAAGUCUGCAACCGCCAGUACCAAACGGUGCCUCGUAUCAUCCUGUGGUUGAUGGUGGAGCUCGCCAUCAUCGGCUCAGACAUGCAGGAGGUCAUCGGCUGCGCCAUCGCUUUCAACCUUCUCUCCUCGGGCAGGAUCCCUUUGUGGGGCGGCGUCCUCAUCACCAUCAUCGACACGUUUGUCUUCCUCUUCCUAGAUAAAUACGGUCUCAGGAAGCUGGAAGCCUUCUUCGGUUUUCUCAUCACCAUCAUGGCCAUCACUUUUGGAUUUGAGUAUGUGACGGUGAGACCAGACCAAGGCCAGCUGCUGAAGGGGAUGUUCAUGCCAUACUGCGAGGGCUGCGGGCCGGUCCAGCUGGGUCAGGCCGUCGGGAUUGUGGGAGCCGUCAUCAUGCCUCACAACAUUUACCUCCACUCUGCUCUCGUCAAGUCUCGAGAAGUGGAUCGAUCGAACAAAAAAGAAGUGAAAGAGGCCAACAAAUAUUUCUUCAUCGAGUCGACCAUCGCGCUGUUUGUCUCCUUCCUCAUCAACGUGUUUGUGGUGGCUGUUUUCGCUGAGGCUUUCUAUGGACGCACAAACGAAGAGGUGUACAGUGUCUGCAAUCAAACAGGAAGUCCUCAUUUAGAUAUUUUCCCUCUGAACAAUGAAACUUUGGAGGUGAACCUCUACAAAGGGGGAGUAGUGCUGGGCUGUUUCUUUGGCCCUGCAGCACUCUACAUCUGGGCCGUGGGGAUCCUUGCAGCUGGUCAGAGCUCCACCAUGACUGGAACGUACUCCGGCCAGUUUGUCAUGGAGGGUUUCUUGAAUCUGCGCUGGUCGCGUUUCGCUCGGGUUUUGUUGACCCGCUCCAUCGCCAUCACUCCCACCCUGCUGGUGGCCAUCUUCCAGGAUGUGCAGCAUCUGACGGGCAUGAACGACUUCCUCAACGUGCUGCAGAGCAUGCAGUUGCCAUUUGCCCUCAUUCCCAUCCUCACUUUCACCAGUUUGCCAUCUCUCAUGAACGAGUUUGCCAACGGAUUAGUGUUUAAGAUUGGAGGCGGCAUCGUGAUCCUGAUUGUGUGUGCCAUCAACAUGUACUUUGUGGUGGUCUAUGUGACUGACCUCAACAGUGUGUGGCUGUAUGUGCUGGCAGCGUUCCUCUCCAUAGCAUACCUGACAUUUGUGGGAUAUUUGGCGUGGUUGUGUCUGAUCGCUCUGGGAGUUUCCUGCCUGGAUCCAGCCAACAAGAGAGGGAACGACACGACCAUCCUGAUAGAGCGGCAGCCAGAGUUUGACUCCUGAAUCAAAUGUGGACGUUUAUUUCAAAGGUGCAGCUGUGAGCAGCCUGACUGACCUUUUACUUUCUCCAGCACAUUUAGUCUUCCUAAGUGCUUCCUAGGUUUAUUUAUAGUAGAUCUAAUGAAUUUUUUUUAUAAAUGGAACAGAUUAUUUUAUUUAGUAAUGAAGAAGCUGCUGUUUGUAUUGUCUGUAUCUAUAGUCACUCCUCAAUAACUGAUAAUGUAAAACAAUUCAGAUGAUUUUUGCCAAACAGCAUGGACCGUAAAAUAUUAUGGAUGGCACCCACUGGUUUGUGGACGGCCAUUUUGAAGCCUCAAGCUUGGUAUUUCGGCUGUUGCCAUCUUGGCUUUUUGGAGCCAGAGGUGACUAUAUUUGUACAAAAGGGUGGAGCUGUGGAGGAGUGAGGGUUGGAUCUGGACUUAAAGACUAUAUCAGCGCCUUGCAGACAGCCUGUCACUCAUGUGGCCCCACCCUUAAAAAUGCAUAACGUUAAGCCUUUAUAAAAUGUAAACAGGUGAGUUAUAUAAAAAUUCACCCACUGCACAGUUGUCAUGGAUGAUGAAAUCAGAUAUAGAGACCAACCGUUAUUUGUGCCAGGCUGUAAACAUGUUUAUUUCUGCUGUAAAGCUGGGUAUCUUAAUAGGUAUCUUAUCUGGAGCCAGCCUCAAGUGGUCAUCAGAAGAAUUGCAGUUUUUAUCACUUUGCGUUUGCUUCAUUUUUCAGCCCCGGAGGUUGACGCUUGGUUUACAGGUGUGAAUGAGGGUUUUAUAAGUUCAAUGACUAUAACUAUUAAAGGUCCAGUGUGUAGGAUUUAGUGGCGUCUAGCAGUGAAAUUGCAGAACUGAAACUUUUUCCAUGUGCCUGGAAGAGGACCCACUCCGUAUGUGGAUAUAAGCGGCUCAUGUUAAGGUAAAGAAAACAAAACAAUUCUUAGUUUCAGGUGAUUAUAAACUAAUGAAAACAUAGUUCUGCCAAAAGAUGCCCCUUAAUCCGACACACUGAACCUUUAAAAAACCCAUAGUCACUAGGUCCCCUUUAAUGUCAGCAUUAACAGUAGGACAAAUGAACACUGACAGGAAACAUGAUUUAUCACCUCACUGUCUCACAUUGCAUCACUCUGCCAUUAUUAAUAUAACAGCCAAUGUGCACCAUGUUAUUGUAGUGCCCUGUCUAAAUCAAAGAACAAGAUAUAAUACACAUAUAUGUAUAGAUUUACCACUUAUUAAAUUAUGGAAAUUUUCACAAUAAACAUUUUGUGGAUUACUGUAAAAUAAGGUAAUCCAUAACAAUAAAUCUCACCCUACAACAUGAUACAAAACUAUCUCAUGAUUUCUGCAGGUUCACCAAGUUAAGUAAAACCUUUUUAACGCCACAUAGAAUUAAAUUAAAUAUCUGUUUUGUGAUCAAAUCAGCCAAAGAAAGUAUAAUAGAAAACCAUAGGGACAAUGUGGCCUACAAUUAUUCGUUAUUGUAUCACCUUUUUUUUCUCCAGUACUUUUCCAGCUGUAUGUAACUAUAAUUCCUAAUGCUAUAAUGAAUGGGACCUGUAACCAGAUAAUCAUUAAAAAGCACAACAAACUCAUGCAACACCCUCAAUUCCACUUUUAGUUUAUAGGUGAACAUCUCCCGGACGCCUGCAAGAGAAUAUUUAAGACUUUUACUAAUUUAAAUAAGAGUUUUUUAAAGGUAUACUUUGCUGGAUUUUCCCCCAAAAACAAUUUCUAUACAAUGUAUAGAGUGGUGCAGGAAUGAGUCCUAAAACACAGAGAUGAGUUGGCAUCUUUCACGUCAGGUUCCCUCGUCUAAAGGUCGAAGGGUUUUCUGUUAGAUGUCUAAAAUAAGGUCUGUGGUUAAUACAAGCUUCAGAGACUUUCACAUUUGUUCUAUGACAUAAAACACAUCAGUAAAUACCCCACUCGUGAAUUUUGAAGCUUUUAUGUGUCUUAAAAAAGGUGAUUGCUAACAUGUGGCUAAAUGAGACUACAGAUCGCCAUUACUGUGAACACAUCUUUUACAAUCUCGUUGUGGUGGCUAUGAUGAAGCCAUGUGACAGUGGUGUAGCUCGUUUAUAGCCUAAUGUUGGCUUUAUACUUCUGGCAAUUGCAUUUACACAUCAAAAAUCAUAAAAGUGGUGUUCAUUCGUGUAGAUGAUCUUGCUUGCCACAGUGCUUAUUUUCUGCAAUAAUCCAAAAUCCAGUGUGAAAUCCCAUUGGCUUUUUGACGAGGAAACCAAGGUGAUACUAACUUGCUCGUCAGCCUGCAGAAAACCUCAUCCUCAGUGCACCCUAUGGACUCAUAAAGAAAUAAUCACUCUCAAUUAUCACUUACGUCCCACUCUCAGUGUGUGGCGGUGCAUUUUCCUGCAGAGACUCUGCCCUCUGCCUGUAUUUUCUUAAUUUAUUCUUUUUCAGGGAUGUAUGGGCAUGUAUCCACACAGCACUCAGGUGAGCAAAAAUAAUUAGGGUUUGGUUUUUAGUUUCACUGUCUCUGCGAGUGUGUUUACAAGCAGUGACCAACAAUCCUGCAUAGUAUAUCUUUAAACCCUCUGAGGACUGUUAUUUUUUUUGUCCUUUGAGGAAACUGAAUUCAUUUUUCAGACUCAGUGCAGUUCCUCUUUUGGCCACGGGGAGGCAGUACAGGCCACCAGAGAGGCUCCUCAGAUACAGUAAAUGUCUCACCACCAGAGCUGAACAACAUAACACAACACAUUAAAUGACACAGUGUGUUACAUCACAGUUUAUGUGUUGUUCAGGCUGCACAGGAACAGCAUUAUAGUGUCAAACAAAACAAACUAAAUGAGCUGCAGUGCAUUGACUCUAAUGUUCCUGUGCGUUCAGAUGUGUGUGUGACAUGCCUGUGGUGGUGGUAUGACUGAAGAGUUGCAACUAUUGUGUAACAGUAAGCAAGCACUGCUGGUUUCAGUGUUGCCUGAAUUCCUGUCCUGAAGUGCUUCAGCAUUUGCAAGCCGAGGAGAGGCGGACGGACAGGUUUUUCUUUGCAUUGUGGCGGGGAACUUUUUUUUUCCUGUCAUGGAGGCAGAGUUAUGUAAGAGGGGAGAGUCUUCCCACCGCCCCUCUCUGUUUUUGUUUUUCUCAAUGAGCCAAUGUCUCCCUGCCUAGGCCUCACAGCCUGUCCAGUAGGCCCCUUUCCUGGAAACAUAGCCUAGCAGAGGCCACUCAGGGGCAGGCCUGCGAGCUGGGAGGGUAGGGGAGGAGAGGAGGGUGUAAGGGGGGAGGGAGAGGGAGGGUGGGCUCUUCCAGCAAAUCACAUGAUUGUAGACCCUACAGUCCCAGCCCUACAUGAGGCUCAGAUGCUGCAAGCACAUUUCAACAGCUAGUUUGUCAUCAACAUGAUUGGAUGUAGUUAAUGCAUGGCAGAGUGCAUGGGGCUGUAAGUAGACGCUGUGGAUUCCCAGGUGUGAAAUGUAGAAAUAGAACCACAACGCCUGAUGGAUGGAGUUUAUAUUUGUGUGUGUGUGUGUGUGUGUGUGUGUGUGUGUGUGUGUAUGUGUGCAAGAGGUUAAUGUGAUUUUUAUUUUUUGCCAUUUAUGUCAACAUCACCACUGAUUUUGGCUGCGCAGUAACUUGAUGAACAGUUUUGUACAGAAUAUCUUUUAAUCCUUGUGUGUGGCCUGGGUGAUAUAUUAACAGAUUUUUUGAUAAGAUAUUUUAACAGUGUUGUAUUUGUGUAUUUGCUUUAACGUAAUGUGACUUAAGUUGAUUUAUUUUUGCCAAAAGACGUCUUUGAUGCAUUUACUACAGCAGAAAACCCAGUGUUGUUUUAUUACUGCGGUUUUCCAGGACUGACUGAUUUAAUGAACUGCAAUUAUAAAAAUCAUUCAAUGCGUUAUUGAAUUGUAAACAAACAGUGGCACUGAACAAACACAAUAAACCACAGCAUGGAAACACA